AUGGAGGCCUGUCGAAUUGAUACAUCACAUAAUUACAUCGUCCUGCAAUCUAACCACAAAUACCCAAGACCUUUUGCCACCAAGAGAAAAAAGAAAAGAGUAAUGCAACAGCAAUCUCACCUCAUCUUUUCACAUGGGCAUCUGCAAUUGCACGUACCAACUCGCUAUGUUCCUCCUGAAGAAAGUAGAGCAUGGACCACGACGCAUCUGGAUGACAUUUGUCUAGACGUGGACUCUUUAACCCUGGAAGCUUCCCAAGCAAGAGCGAAACGCAAAAAGGAAUCAACCCAAAAAUACAAACCGGAGCGCAAAAAGGAAUUCUCUCGGAAAUACAAAGUCCAGUCUCGUCUCACAACCCAUAACGGCGCGCUAGUACUCGGUCGGCCUCUGGCCCACGUGUACCCUCCAAACCCAGGCCCAGACUCAGACCCUUGCGUGAUAAAUCCCACCAGUAAUUCUGUCUCAAGAAUUUCUUUUUUCUUGUUGCUUCCAGGAGAACUGCGUCUCCCCAUCUAUCGCCAUCUCCUCGUCUCCAAUAAUCUCCCUGUUCUGUGCUCCACCACACCUGUCGGCAGCUUUCGCGUUCUGGCGGAGGAGUUGUACGAUUCCGACUUGAGGAUCCAUCCGCAGAUUCUGCAGACAUGCAAGACAGUCAACCGAGAAGCGACGCCGAUUCUUUUCGCUGACAAUGUCUUUCGGAGGAGAUUCUACUGGCCGACUUGCUGGGAGUGGAGACGAGGGAGUGUACCUUUGCCUCUGAGCGAAUCUUCACCCAUCAAUGCUGUCAACUUGCAGAGCGUCACGAAGAUCCGCCUCUUUCGGGAAUACCGAAAAUGGCUACGCAAUGGGAGACUGAGAGUUUUGGACGAUUUUCCCUCACUGAGAGAGUUGCAAGUCCACGUGGACGUGAACGACGCCCAUGUUGUGCCCUCGACAUAUAAAGAUGCUUUGAGGUCAAUUCAUCUUCACCACCAUCAGCUCCCCAACCUCAAAUUCAAGAUGCACCUCGCAUUCGACCAGGCUUAUAAAGACUGGUGCAACGAAUAUUCCAGUCGCCCGAUGGGCUUCAGUCUGCAUCUGCGAAAAAAGGCAGAAUUCGAACAAUGGCUCCAAAAAGAGGAAAUGUUUGCCGACAAAAUUAUAACCUGGUCAUUUCUGAUAGAAUUGAACAGCUACGUCGACCCAUCGGCAACAAUCAUGUUCUCAGCGGCCACGUCCAAAUCGAGGGAUCUGGCCGAUGAUAUACUGUGCUGCAUCGAAGACGAUGGCAAAAAGACGUGGAGUAAACUACCAAUGUGA